AUGAAUUAUUUCGUAUUAUUUCUUCUACUUUUCAUAUUUCCAAUACUAAAUCAUGCACAAACUGCUGAAUCAAAUAAUUCCGUAGUCAAUGCACCAUGGUUUUGGCCAUUAUUAGUUCUUUGCAUAGUACUAUUACUUAGUGUACCAUGUACAUUAAUAAUCAUUAUUAUAUUUUGUCAUAAAAAAAAGCAAUCCAGUGAUUCUGAUGAAUCAAGUAUAAGUUCAAAUUCAUCAUCAUCAUCAACACCAGUUCAACAACGAUCAAGACGAAAUCAUUCUCAUUUUCAUUCUUCACCUUAUGUUGGAGAUUUUUCUAGUCCACCACCACCAUAUCCAACAAAUGAAAAUCCUCAAAAUGUAUCUAUUACUUCUUCUCUUCCUCCACCAUAUGAAUCUCAUGUAAUUGAAAAUGAAUCAAUACCUGUGACUACAAAUCCUACAACAACUAUAAUUAAUGUUGAAUCAACUGAAAGUAUUGUCAAUCAAUCAAAAAAUUUAAAUGUUUCAUCAACUUCAACUAAUUCAUCGAUUCAAACAUUUGAAGUUUGA